UUCCCCACCUCGUCUUCUACCCCCGGUCUCCCGCCACAAGUCCCUCCUUCUUCAAAAGCACUCGCCGCUGCUCGUACUGGAAAACGUGGAGCAACUUCCCGCCCGACCAUUGCCCAAUCGAGUCCUACUUUUCGCUCGCAAACAAAGACCACAUCUUUCGCGAUGAUCCGCGACUUUGAGAUCUGGAAUACCAAUCUCGGAGAGGCGUCACAGUUGGAGGAGCUGCGCGGUCAGCGAGUCGGGAUCGAAGCCGCCCACUAUCUUCAGCAUCGUGUUCUCAACCACCCGCACGUCAAGGAGCCGCUUGUCCCUGCGCUCGGCGGUCUCCCGUUUGGCUUCGAGCCGCAUUUCAAGAGCGACCUGACCAAGUUUGCUGCUUUCGGGAUCGAGCCAUUCUUCGUCUUCAGCGGCCUCGACAUUUCAAAACAGGACAAUCCUUUCCGACAAAGGCAGGAGGGUUCUCAAACCAAUGCUGAAGCCUGGUCGUUGUACGAGGCGCAUCAUGCCACCCAGUCUGUAGAGAAAUUUGGCGAAUCAACCUAUGUCGCGCCAGAAGACCUCUUCUCCGCCCUCCAAGCUAUUCUCGUGGAGUACAAUAUCUCAUUCCUGGUUGCUCCUUACAGUUCUUGGGCCCAGUUGGCCUACCUCGAGAAAACCAAUGAAGUGGCCGCCAUCUCCGGCUCGUCCGAGCUGCUUCUGUUCAGCUGCGACAAGUUCAUCACAUCAUGGGAGCUGGAGGCGGACACUUUCAAGUGGUUGAAGCGGUCGAAAUGCAUGGCGGACCUCAGGAAGUACAGCCGGGACAAUGUUGAGAUUGCCGACGAUAUCUUUGUCGAUGCUUGCAUGCUCGCUGGAACACAUUUCCUACCCACACUUCCCAGCCUCGAGUCGCCGAACAGAAACAAACAACCGAAGCCUCUCAGCGCCAUUGAUAUGAUCAUGAGUCAAGGACGAUCGGGAUUCUCGGUGGUACUCAACAGCAAGGACGAUCCGCGUUUUGAGCAGACCGAUUACUUCGACCGGUACCGCAAAGCUCGCCUAGCCGUCAAGCACCACCCGGUGCUCACAAACGAGGGCAAGAUCGAGCCUUUGCUGCAGACACAACUCCCGAACGACUCACACGAGUUCAUCGGACAGCGAUUGCCGGAUGAGGUCUUUUACUACAUGUCGAAAGGUCUCAUCAACUCGCGCGUUCUCAAUUGGCGUGCCAGCAGCGAGAUCAUAGAGUCACCACCCGUUGAUGGAGGCGAUUCCGUCGAAUAUCAAAAACUUGUCAGCGCAAAGCUGACGCCCCUUCGAACAACCGCUAUCAAUCUCCUAUCCUCCUCGCUACACAAUUGGUACCAACACAAGGACAUCGAUCUGAAAUGCUGGUUCCAAACCGACCAGAACGGAAAACCCCAAGCUAGCACUAUCAGCAUGAAGGGUUUGCCAGAAUGGCGAAAGUCGGUCGAUACUUGGAACGUGAAAGAGGCAACUUUUAAGAAUGUGGUAGCUAAACAGGGGUGCGGCCGCCUAGGAUCUGCCAUCUUGGCCCUGCAAGAUGCGGAUUUCGUCUCAAAAUCCGUUUCCAAGAAGAACUAUAACGACCCUCUGACCACAACCGACGAAAUCUUGUACAACUCCAUCUGGCGUUUCCUUGCUCUGCGCGAGUAUGUUGAUAACAACCAUCAAUUGACCGCUUGGGGCAAGGUACUCGUGAAGGCUAUCUCCGCAUUAAAGGGCAAACAGGAUUUGGAGGAGGCCGCCGUAGUCAUUGUUGAAUUGCUGCGCCUCAACGUGCUCAACUCAGACCUGAGCAUGUUCCACUAUGCGGGCGCUCCGAUGCGCGGUGAACUGGCGGACCGCCAAUUCAACCUCCUCAUUGCUAGAAUAGCAGGUGUAGGAAAGCUUCAGCAUGCCCCUAUCGGCUUCACUGGCCCCCUGAGUCAGCAUCUGCUCGCCUAUGGCUCCAUCAUUAACCUCGUGCGUCAAACCUUGCGCGACUUGGUGGAGGUGGCAGCCACGCACAUGUUUAUGGGUUCUUUUGCGAAACGGGAUAUUCCGAACUUGUCCGAGAUCGCUGUCAAACUUCCAUUCCCCUUGUCUACAAACUGUGCACUUAGCAUUGCCGUGAAGUCGUACCUCGACGAGAUGUUCAAUGAUGCCGAGCCGGGCUCCGCCGAGGCAAAGACCCGAGUUCGAGAGUCCACCAUCAAGCGUUACUUCCCUCAGUCUCUGGAUGUCCUCGGCGACCUCAACGUAGCGUUUGAAUUCUGGGACGCCGUGUAUGAAGGUGUGAAGAAUUCUGGCAGUGUGAUUAAGGAUGCGGACAAGAAGUACUGGGACGAGGCCAACGAAUGGCUCAGAACGAAGCGAUGA